UGAAGCUAUCAUGCGGGUCUGGAUAUUAAAAUUGUCCCAUUUAAAACUUAUUUGAACUUUUACUUCGAGCUUGGAUAAUUCAAUAUGGAAAAUUAUUCUGUUAUCACAAAGUGAAGUUAUCUGCAAAUCCCAAGUUGUCUUCAGCACGAAAGUUGUCUACAAUAUCAAAGUUGUUUGCAAUUCGAGUUGGGUCUGCAAAGACCCAACAAAUUGCAAUACCCAAGUUUUCUGCCACACACAAGUUGUCUGCAGAGCAGAGAACUUCUGCUUGAAACGCAUACACAAAAACUGACGUUCAGUGCAGUGAGAUGAAAUCCACUCCAGAAACGCAAUGAAAUCCACUCCAGAAAUGCAGUGAGAUGAAAUCCACUCCAGAAACUCAGUGAAAUCCACUCCAGAAACUCAGUGAAAUCCACUCCAGAAACUCAGUGAAAUCCACUCCAGAAACUCAGUGAAAUCCACUCCAGAAAUGCAGUGAGAUGAAAUCCACUCCAGAAACGCGGUGGUCAAUCAGCCUCGAAUUCUCCGGUACUACUGCCAAAAAUGCAUUGUUUUAAACACGAGGAAAUUAAAUAAAACUGUGUAGAUAUGAUGCACAGAAAUUCAGAUGCUGAGUCGGAUGAUGGUUGUAUAAAAAGAUAUUUUCAUCAGUGGCUUUCAAAAGGAACCAUUUCGGCGUUAUGGCUUCUGGCUCUCUUGAUGAUAAGUCACUCGGCUACCGCCAACAUACCAAACAAAGGAGUGUGGCGGCGUGUAGAGGCACUGUCGGGGCGGGAGGCUGUGCUGCCGUGCGAGGUCGGUGUGCUGGAGGAGGCUGACAUGAUCUACGUGGUGCUGUGGUACAAGAACGGAGAGAAGGAACCCAUAUACAGCUACGACAAUCGGCCUCGUGGUCUGCAGCCCGCUGAAGACCGACACAUUAUUCAGAGUCCGGUCUUAAAAGGCCGGGUGAGUUUCAGACCAGGGCAGGUGCCAGCCCUCCAUAUCAGACCUGUGACCGCCUCAGACCAGGCCAACUAUACAUGUCGGGUCGACUUCCGAAUAGCGAGCUCGCGCAGCACUCACCUAACCCUGCAAGUGGUGGUGCCGCCGUCAAAUCCAAUACUUCAGGUCGAGGGGAAACUGCUCAAACCUGCUGAUAAAAUUGGUCCGUUGCUCGAGGGUCAGUCACUCAAGAUUACUUGCCUGGUAGAGGGCGGCAAGCCCUCACCGUCCCUCAUAUGGUACCGAGGGGAAGAGAUUCUAGACGCUGAGACUGAGACUGAACUUGAGAAUAUUGUGUACCCACGACACUCAAGUCUGUCGGAUCACUAUAGAACAAGAGGAAGUUAUCGUCUUAGUCUCCACAACAACAACAGGGCUUACAAACGCUCUAGAUUACAUCGCUCCAUGCUAACAAGAGGAGGAAUGCCGAAGCUGUCCCGCAGCCAAAUAAGACGCGCUUUCAACUCGCGGCGAGUUGGCUACAGAAGAGUGCUUUCAAUACGCAGUUUGACGGACGAUCACUCAGACGAGGAGACCAAACAUAAGUUCACACUAAACCAACUCAACAUUGAACACCUAACUCGUGACAUGCAUGGCGAGAGAUUAACGUGCGUGGCCACCAACAAUAACGUAACGACGCCCACGUACGCCAGGGCGACCAUCGCCAUGAACCUUCGCCCCCUGACCACUCAUCUGGUCGGAGCUCCAAAGCAGUUGCGUGUCGGCCAAGCCUACAACAUCAAAUGCAUCACUACAGGCAGCAGACCUGAGGCUAACAUAACUUGGACCCUAGGCAACGUAGCUUCCUUGUACACAGUGCCUUCAGUGAUAGAGCACAGCAUCAACAUGAGCUUGUCGAGCGUGAGGCUGACAGCAGAGCGACGUAUACACGGUCAACGUCUGACGUGCACUGCGGUCAACCACCUCUUCCCUACCCAUCCUAUGACAGACUCGCUCGUUCUCAACGUAACUUAUCCGCCAGUGGCGUCGCUAGAGCUCGGCCGCGCCGUUGCGUCUGUGGUGCGCGAGGGAGAAGACGUAUACUUCAACUGUAUGGUCGACUCCAACCCUCCCACUUACAAGAUAUCCUGGUUCCAUGAGAACGCGCCACUAGUCCACGCACCGAGUCAGGGUGUGGUGGUGAGUGGUCAGAGCUUGGCGCUGCAGGGAGUGCGCAGGGAGCGAGCAGGGAACUACGUGUGUGCGGCCUCUAAUGUUGAGGGAGACGCUAGGAGUCCACCCGUCACGCUCCAAGUCAGCUAUGCGCCUGUUUGCGCUAGUGACACCGAGGCGCCUCAGGUUCUAGCCAGCGGAAUUGGACAAACCUUAAAUGUUAGUUGCAGUGUGAUUGCCUCGCCUUCGGAUGUCAAGUUCUCAUGGGUCUUCAACAAUUCAGUGACAUCCGAAAGAGUUCCUGUGGAGAGAGUUUACAACAGCGAAGAGGGCGGUUGGAGUGGCGUGCUGUUCGUAGCUCGCACCCAACAAGACUAUGGGUCGCUGCAGUGCUGGGCGCAGAACACAGUUGGCAAAAUGAGCAAGCCGUGUCUGUUCCACGUGGUGCCUGCAGGCCGACCUGACUCACCCAUGAACUGUUCAGUCAUCAAUAAGACUUACGACUCACUGGUGGUGACGUGCGCACGUGGAUUUGAUGGGGGACUAAAGCAGUCGUUCGUGGCUCGGGUUUACGAAGCUGUAGGUGGGAGAAGUCAAGUGAACGUUUCCGCUCCAGAGGCCAAUUUUUUAUUAGAGGGUCUCACUCCAGGCCUCGAUUACAUCAUCAAAGUUUCUGCCAUCAAUCAACUCGGCGAGAGCGACCCCAUCAAACUUGAUGCCGUCACAUACAAGAUGGCUGAAAACAGGAUGAGAGACGAACAAGUGAGCAGCAGCGCGGGCAGCGUGAGCAACACGCGCCCGCGCGCGGACGUGGUCGCGUCGGGCAACUUCUCGGCCGAGUUCAGCGCCGGUGCCUUGCUGGGCGGUCUACUCAUCGUCCUGGGGGCCAUCAUCUUCACGGUUGUGUUCAUCCGCUGCGCAGCUAUACGGCGCUCGCGACGAAGAAGAAACGCUAGAGAACAACAAGAUAAAGAUAGUGAAAAUUCGGAGUCUUCCAGAGAGAAGAGUAGUUUGGUGGUGACUACUGACGUAGGAGGUAGUGCAGUCACAGCCGGAGCUGGGAUACUCUUCCUACCACCGCCUCCUUUAAUUCAAGAUGUAAUAGACGAUGAAGGAGUCGCUGGGAGAAUGUUGCAAAGGAUACCUCCAGAUACAGAGACUCCGUUCGAUAUUUCAAGUUUGUCCAUGCAUAACUUAGAGGGAACUCCUCAGAGACCUGGACGGCCGAGGUGUGGCAGUUGUCAAUUGACGGACCAGACGUUGUGAAUGCUCCGCUGCUGUUAGGCGCAACGCAUCGAGAGGCUCAAACUACAAACCAAAAUUUUUCAUCAUUUACUUUAAACCUCCAAUGAACUUCCUGGCGAUAAAAUAACAUUUUUUUCUGUUAACAUGCGAAUAUGAUAUUGUUGAAUUUAAUUUUAAUUAUCGCUCAGUCUGCAUUUUGCUCGAGAUCCUAGAGGUGUCAUUUAUGAUAUGUGUUUUAUUUUGUAGUGAUUCCUGAAUGGGCAAUAUUACGUCCAGGAUGAGAUGAGAAACAUCAAAUUCAAUUUUUUUUAACUUUUCCAAACUUGUUUUCAUUCUCAAUCUAACUUUAUCGCAUAUGUGAUUCAAUAGAUAAUUUUUUUCUGUCUUUUCGCCGCAAUUUUAGCGAUCUUGGCCAGUGUGAUCGCCAAAAUAUGUUAAAACUCCGUAAUAUGUAGGUGAAUAUAUUUUAUACUGUACAGACAUAAAUUAUAAAAAUGUUCCAAGUUAGGUCGUUAUAGCGGAAAUGAUUUAUUGUCUGUCACGUUAAAGAACAAUAUCAGCUGCGGACAGUUGUUAAUGAUGUAGAGCAUUUAUAUCAGUAUUGUACGUAUAGUUAUAUCCAAACGCUUAACAUGAUUUAAUAAAAUUAAUAAUGAACCAUUCAUUUCUUGGAUAAGCAAUAUUGAAUAUGAUGGGCAAUGACCUUGGAAAACAAUUAUUUGUACAACAUUGGAUAAUAAUAGGCGCUCUUAAAGUAGUAUGCUACAUCCAACCCUCUUAUGCAUCACUAAAAGCUACAUAUUAAUUUUAAUUCAAAAUGACAGAUUUACAACGGCAACAAUUCAUAGUUUUAUAAAAGUUGUUUCUAAACAGAGAAACUGUUAAAAAUUUCGCGUGAAUUAGUGCGAAAUUUUUCGUAAUCACCAUCUAAUGUCGGAAUUUCGACUAAAGGGCGUAUGACAUUCCGGAAAUUCGAUGCAGCGAUGUGGUGUCAUUUUUUACACCAACAUUUUUGUAAACAUUUUUGCGCAAUCGCCCGUAUUUCACCAAGACAGGAAUGAGUAAUCUCCUCAUUAGGCCCAAAAAGCUACUAAUUUUGUGAAAGUCGUUUAACGUUUUUUUGGAGUAUUUUGUAAGCUCUCAUAAACAUUAUUGCAUUAUUUGAAAUGGAAUUACUAGAAACUGUGAAUAAUACAAAUAAUUUGUGUACUAUUGUGUGAAUGAACGAAGAAAGAAUAAAGAAGAAAUUUUAAAUAAUAACUAAUUUAUUUGUUGUCUAUUCAAAUGCUGCAAGUAUAAAAUUUGUGUGCCGUACAUUUUCUACUUUUUUAUUUUGUUUAUCUUGCAUGGAAA